ACAUGCGUCCUGCAGGCUCCACAUGAAGUUUUCACUCACUCUGCACCGUUUGGAUUUUUAGGGAUUCAUAUUAACCAUCCGGACUCUCCUCCUCCUGACUGAGAUGUUGCGAUGUUCCGUGCAGCCUUACAAAACGUGGACUUGUUUUGGCUGAGUUUGUUGUAUUUUGUGUUGUUACCGGAGACUGGCUGUAGAUCAGCCGAUGUGGACAGCUGUCAUGAGGUGAAGACAGCCUACAUGAUGCGCCAAAUAGGCCCGGUGGAGCUGGUGCCAGACAGGCCGGGAACAGAUGAGUCUCUGCGAGUCUGUGUCCACCCUGGGCCAAGCUGCUGCACCAGUAAGAUGGAGGACAGCUACAUGGCAGCUGUUCGCAGUGAGACCCAGCAGAAGAUGCGCUCAUACAGCUUUGAGCUCAAGUACCUGAUCGCUGGGCACACCAAGGCUUACCAAGAGACCUUUGAGUCGCUCGUGUCCUUCACAUAUAACCUGACCAGCACUCUGUUUGACAGCGCCUACUCUGCUCUGGCGUCAGACUGUCGCCCCCUUGUGCUCCACCUAUUCAACGGCAUCAAACGCCACCUUUCUGGAGACUCUAAUUCCUCACUUGAACACACUGUUCGUCGAUUCUACAACGACCUGUUCCCAUUGGUCUACCGCCGUUUGCUCAACCCUGGGAUUGGCCACAUGUCACCCCAGUCCCAUUCCACCCUUCCCACCAAUCAAGACGACUGCCUGAAAAUGACGAGGCAGGAUGUGAGCCCGUUCGGACCACACCCUCGUCUCUUGGUCAGUAGCUUGGCUGGGGCACUUGGGCCGGGCCGAGCGCUGAGCCAGCUGCUGAGACUGGCUGGAGAGGUCGUGAAUGUGACAGAGAAGGUGACGCUAUCCAGAGAGUGUGGGCGGGGCUUAGUGAGGAUGCAGUACUGUUCCCACUGCAGAGGGCUGACACUGAUACGGCCAUGUACAGGACUGUGUGUCAACAUUAUGAGGGGAUGUCUGGUUGGUGUAUCAGAGCUUGGCGCCCCCUGGGGGAGUCUGGUGGUUUUGCUCCAACGGUUAGCUGCGACUUUAGCCACCAGCAGCAACCACAACAGCAUGGAGCUCGCUAUGUUAGCAGUCCGAAACCAUGUAAACGAUGCUAUACUGCACGCUCAGCUGCACGGUCCACGCAUUACAGCCACGGUGGAGAAGGUGUGUGGACCCCAGGCAGCUGCUCCUGUGGUGUCAAGUGCAAAUCCCACCACCUCACAUCUAACAUCUUCUGUGAGCCCUGCUACAUCAAUGACAUCAGAAAGGUCACAUGUCACAUCCACUCCCUCAGCGGGACCAGCUGCUCAGCGGCGUCUUCAGCCACAGUCUCGAAGGUCAUUUGUCCUGAAAGGCUCCAAAGGAGACAAGAGUCGCAGCCUGAAAAAACUGUCAAGGGAGUUUGAAGGCUCGAUCCAGCGGUACCAGUGGUUUUUCUCAGAGCUGCCAGAGAUGCUCUGUGAGAGUGAGAUGGAGGUUGAGCAGCACACAUGCUGGAGUGGCCAGGACGUCGUAGAAAGUUAUGCAGGUCGAGUGGUUGGCAGCAGCUUAAAAGCCCAGAAGGAGAACCCAGAGCUGACCGUGCGAAAUACAGAUCCUGUCCUGAAGGGGGCCAAACAGAGGCUGGAGCAGCUCACACAGGAGCUGUUAGUGGAACUCGGCUGGGCCACCAAAGCCAGAGUAAAGGUGGAGGAAGAGGAGGGAGGAAGCACACAGACAGAGAGAGGCAGUGGGGACGACUGUGAUGAUGAAGACGGCUGUGAGGCAUCUGGUGAGAACGGUGAUGAGACAGGUGGCACAUCCAGUGGUCACAGUCCAGAAACAAAGGACAUGGCUCCUUCCCCCCCUCGUCGCCCUGUCCCUCCUCAUCGAGUCUCACCUCCACAGGUCGCCGUUCGAGGCUCAGCCUGUACGUUGUCAAUCCACCCUUUAACCCUGCUGACCGUGGUGCUCCUUGUACUGUCACCAUGGCAACACCGCUGAUCACACAAGCCUAACUGGUCCAUGAAACGAACAGAGAGACAAAAAGACUGAGAGACAACCACAUGUAUGUGGUGAAGAAAGCACCAGUCAGCGGUCAACCACUCUGAUUGGCCCGGCUGGUGGGACACUGUUUGUCAGAGUUGCAGGUGCACAGUUUGAAUUUUGAUUUUACCUGUACUGACCUCUAUAUGUGUUUGUUUAUUUGUUUUUUUUUAACUAUGAUAGAAUAGAUUGCACAGCACUACUGACUUUUUUGAAGAGAGAUGUAAAUACAAAUAUAUAUAUUAUAUAUAUUUAUAUGAAGAAUUUCUAUAGAUAACAUGGCUUGAUGUGUUAAUAGAGAUUAAUAUAGAACAGGCUGAAUGACUUGGACCUAUAGGGAUGUUUGGCCCAGUUUGGCCCAGUUUGACCCUUUGUUAUAUUUUCCUCUAGCAGAUAUUUAGAUCCAUGACAGCUACAGUUCAGGCUGAAGGCUUUUACUAUAGCAGCUGUUUACCUACAGUGAACGCACACUUGUGAGGACUCAUUAAUGUUCAAGAGCACAGAGCGUUAAACAGAGAGGCAGCAAGGGACUUUCUCGAUAGGCACAACAGCCAAUUAUGUGAUACUUCAGACUGUUUACAGAUGGUCAUGCAGCAUAAUGAAAAAAAUGACAGUUUGGCCCAGACAACACUUUUCAUCACACAAACAUGGCCUUUAUCCAUGCAAGCUGCACUCUGUUUUCUCUAUAUCUGAGGCAAGAAUGCCGUGAGAGGUUUAACUGUGUAACACUUUCAAAAAUGUCACAGAAACAGCUGAGAUCCCUCCAGAGGAAUUGUUUCCUGUAGGAGUGUGUCAUGUCCUGGCAUAAAACAACACUUACAGUGUGGGAAAAUGAGUCAAGAUGAUUUUCCUAUCAAGGUGCACAGUGUGCAGAGUCAUGAAAGAACCACAGGGAUAUAACAGCUUUCAUUUCAACUACAAUUUUAGACUGAGCUGCCACAGAAAUCCCAAACAGAGAGCUUACUGUAUUGUAAAGAACCUAACACCAGGAGAGUCUAAAUAUGACAUGCAUCGAAGAGGAAGACACAACCUGAAAAAUUUGCCUGAACAGGGAAUUAUUCGUCACCUCACUGUCACAUGAAAACACUUAACUGUGACGGUCAUUUAAAAAGGCUAGCCUGUCCCCAAAUGUGCUUAUUAAAAUUGAAUUCUCCUGCAAGGAGAUAAUGUAGAAUAGAAAUAUUAUGAUUAUAUAAAAUAUAAAAUAUUCUAGUUUUAAAUAGAAAUAUAAUACAGUGUCAGGCUCCAGUUGGCCCAGCGGUUAAGUCCGCACCCCAUAUACAGAGUCUUCAUCGAAGCAGUCAAGGGUUUAACUCCUGGCCCAACCCUUUGUUGCACGUCUUCCCCCACUCUCUACUCCCCACAUUUCCUGCCUCUGUUCAUCUGUCCUCUCAACAAAGGCAAAAUGCCCAAAAAGAAAAUAAUAAUAUUAAAAAUGUAAUAAUGUUUUUCUUAUUUAGAUUUAGUCGUCACCUUGUCUUGAGGACAUGAGAUGGAGCAUCAAGAGAGCAAUGAGAGUGCUGCUGGGCUCAGGCCCAAACCUGUGAAUUACAUUUAAUUCAUAUUAAUUAAAACCAUCAAAUCCUCCUGGCUCUCUGAUGAGCCACAAACCCCCCAAACUGCAGAGCAACAGCAGGACAGACAACUGGAAUACUUGAUUAAAUACAUAAAAAUAAUGGAGCAAAUGAACCAGCUGAAGGACAAUGUGAGCAUUUGCGUCAUUGGAUGACUCCACUUUCCUUCAAUAUCAUUAUUUUGUGCCAUAUAUUCUUCUGAAAAUAAUAAAAUUCCUGCAUCAAUGCAUCUUUUUUAAAUCACCCGAGGCAGUUUAUUUAUAAAAGAAUGUGACUGACAGAUAAGACAACCUAAGAAAUACCAUUAUGGGAUUAAAUGUUUUGGCAGCAAGCCCAAAUGCCAUGUACGCUUGCCGGAUGCUUCUACAACUUAAUCUGUCAAACAAACACAGUAUUAUUUAAUUUCUAUCUAAACAUUAUACCUCAAUGAGAUUAGAUUUUGGAUUCAAGCCAUCCCGUCAGUCUUUCAAGGCUUUUGCUAGGCGACCUCCAUAAACAAAACACCAACAAGUACCAACAACUUAAACUAAGAAAGACAUAGGGAGAGAGCUGAUGAGCCCAGCUGAUGAGUAUGAACAUAGCUUUGACAUCUCUGGGGUCAAAACUCAUAUGAAGUCAUCCUCAAAAUGUAAGAGGAAACUGCCAACUUGUCCCACUUUGGAGCGAUCUUCAUCUGAAAGCUAAAAACUGCCAGUGUGAAUAAAGUGUGUGAAUCUUGUUCGUGAAAAUGUGUUUAUUACAUAUUUUAAGCACCAAGCACACACGUGAUUUUCAGUGUUUCCUCUUAUGUGGUCUUAGUGGUUCACAGCAUGAUGUGUCUUAGACUGAUCCGUGUUAGGUCACUGUAAUAUAAAACUAACUUCAUGUACGUGAUCAAAGCUCAUACAGGUCAUUGUAGUUAGAGACUUUUGUCAUGGUCAUGUAGUGUUUUGCAGGAACACCAGGAUGCAACACAUAAACAGAUGGUUUCUUUCACAACACUCUGCAAACCACUGUGCUCAUAUAACUAAACCAGUGACUUUCAUGUGAAACCUAUGUAAAUAUACCGUGAUACAGUUGACCCUGCUGCUUUGUUGUGUCCUUAAUCUCCUGCCUAACAUCCUCAGUAAUAAACUGUUAUAAGAAAUG